GUCAGGGGGACAUUUGGGGGGUCUCACCUGCGUCUCACCUCUCACCCGUGUCUCACCCGUCUCUCACCUGAGUCUCACCUGAGUCUGCCCCGUGUCCCACCCAUCUCACCUGUCCGUGCCGUCUCACCUGUGCCAGGUAAGCUGCAGGCCCUGGACGUGCUGCUGCGCCGGCUCCGCGCAGGCGGGCACCGCGUGCUGAUCUUCACGCAGAUGACGCGCAUGCUCGACGUGCUCGAGCGCUUCCUCACCUUCCACGGGCACAUCUACCUGCGCCUGGACGGCUCCACCCGCGUCGAGCAGAGACAGGCCCUCAUGGAGCGCUUCAACGCCGACAAGCGCAUCUUCUGCUUCAUCCUGUCGACGCGCUCGGGCGGGGUGGGCGUCAACCUGGCGGGCGCCGACACCGUCGUGUUCUACGACUCGGACUGGAACCCGACCAUGGACGCGCAGGCGCAGGACAGGUGCCACCGCAUCGGCCAGACCCGCGACGUGCACAUCUACAGGCUGAUCAGCGAGCGCACGGUUGAGGAGAACAUUCUCAAGAAGGCGAACCAGAAGCGGCUGCUGGGGGACAUGGCCAUCGAGGGCGGCAACUUCACCACCGCCUACUUCAAACAGCAAACCAUCCGCGAGCUGUUCGACAUGGCGCCCGAGGAGCGGGACAACGGGGACAAGGACAGCGGGGACAGAGGGGACAGGGACAGGGACAGGGACGAGGACGACGAGGACCCCGCGGCCACCAGGAGGACGCACAUCCUGGAGCAGGUGAGCGCACCUGGGCGCACCUGGGGGGUCCCCAAAGGGCCCCAAUGUCCCAAAUAUCCCCCAAUGGCCGACACAGUGAUCUUCAUUUGGCCCCAACAUGGCUGA